AUGGUGGCGUCUGAUGGGACGGUGCUCUCACUCAAGCUGGCCAAGCCGCUGCGCGAGCGCACGCGCAAACUUCGGCAGGAGCUGGCAAAGGAUACCAAGAAGGAGCCGGAGAAAGGCACAGUGAAGGUGAAGAAGGAAAUAAAGGCAGAGGUCAUGGAGGAGGAAGUGGAGGAUGACGUGGAAGAAGAGCUGAUGGGGGACGUGAAGCAAGUGAAGAUAGAGGUGAAGGAAGAGGUGAUAGAGGAGAUGGUGCCAGAGAUCAAAAACGAGGCAAAGCAAGAAGUGAAGCGUGAGAUCAAGCGGGAGGACCUCAAAUGGAAGAGCCAGACGACCGGAGUGAAGCGCGAGCGUGUGGAGGAAGCUCAGCACACGUGCUUGGUCAAGCAGGAAGAAGCUGUGUCGGUUCGUCCCAGCAAGAGGCGCCGCAUCAGUCACAAGAGGCCUGACAUCUCACCUCUAUCGUUUGAGUCACGACUGCCAGAGUGGGCCGAGAAAUGCCUGGCAUUUCAAAGCUCUGGCAAGACGUGGCUGCCCACGAAGCCUUGCUGCCCGGCCAGCCCGUUUCUCGGAGUUGCAGCUGCGCCGUGGGAAGGACGCCUGGAGGACCAGGCAACAACGGCUUGCGUGCAGCGCCUCAGCAAGGCGCAGGUCUGCGAGUUCCGGGACUUCUUCCACGAGAACCCGCACCAUGCCCUCUUCAAUGAUUGCGGCAAGGACUCCAGUAGGUCAGGGCUGGUGGCGAAGGCGAACUGUGCCAAACCUAAGCACUUGCAGGAUCCAGCUGCGAAGCAGCACCGCGCAGCCGAGAUGAUGAAGAUGUGGCCGUGGAUGCGCGACCUUCCGACGCGAGCGUGGGCCGGGCACGGCUGGCUGGUGGAGGAGGAUGGCAUGCGCAGGCUCUCGCCCACGGGCGGCGGCUCCGCCAUGAAGGGUCUCGAGAUCUUCGAGGCCUUCGGCACCGUGAAGGAAAGCCAGGAAGCCCCCGGCACCUCGGCUCCGAGCAGCUCCGGGGCCGCCGGCCAGGUCAUUACGAAAAGCUUCCGCGGCCUGGAGCGCCAGAGCGGGGUGCCAAACAUCAGCUGGCAAAUAACAAAGGGGACGUGGGUAAUUGGGUGGCAGGAAGCCGGCAAGCGGAAGCAGCUCAACUUCCCCAUCUCCAAGCACAUGAAGGAGGGCCUCUCAGAGGACGAGGCGGUGGCGGCCGCGCUGGAGGAGGCCAAGGCGCACCGCGAGGAGCUGGUGCGCCAGGGCAAGCUGAAGCCCCCGAAGCCCGUCACCGCCAAAGCCUCCGGGUCCAGGGUAAGGGGCGUCCGUUCCCAUGCAAGCGGAAACUUUCAGGUGCGAAUCACCAAUCCCCGCACCAAGAAGCUAGACUUCGGGGGCACCUUCAAGACGCUGGCGGAGGCCGAGGCCAAGGCGCAGGAGAUGGCCGAGAACUUGGGGACUAAAUGA